CAUGAAUGUGUUGGUAGAAAAUGGCGCAAAAGUUGGUAUCUUUUGAUUGAGGGGUGGGUUUUGUGGCGACUGGGGGAGGGGGCGGUACCCCCCCAGAUGGUUGCAUGUUGAAUAGCCUCCAGGAGCUAAGCGGCCAUGGAGUCCUGUAAGGAGCCGUGUUCUCCCGUGUGUUCCCAGAAGGCUCCUCACCUGACUCAGGAGAUCACUGUGAAGAUGGAGGAGCCAAAAACAGAAAAGCCCAUGAGCCCAUGUGGAGAUAUCAUCACACUGUUAUCCGAGGACGAGAUCAUGGAUGUGACAGAGGAGAGUAAAAUGACGAGUGAGGAGCAAAGGAAAGGAAGAGUGGACAAGGACGGUUUCCACUUCACUGAGACAUUGUUGCGCAGCAUGAGAACAUACUGUGAAGGUCAUUUGGACUUCUCCAACCUUCCUCUUGACGCCAUCUGGAGUCAGGCUCGGGUCAAAGACCUGGCUCGGGUGUGCUCGCACUCCCCCUACUGCCUCUUUCUCUUUGAGUUGAAGAAGCUGAAGGUGGAGCAAGGCACCAUCCUUUUCUUAAUAGGCUACCUGGACCAGAGCCGAGGGAUCCAUUUGGUUCGUGUGCUGGGGUCCCUGAAGGUGGCCACUGUCGAGCCCCUCGUCAUCUCAGAAGCUUUGGGGAAGAUGCUAAAGGAGACUCUUGGGACAGCCUUGUCCAACCUGAGUUUGUUUUACAGCAACUGUGACACGUUUGAGUCCUCGCUCAGGUCUCUCAGCCCCUCCAUGAUCUCUCUUUGCCAGCUACCUGACAUGCUGGGAAAAGCCUGCCUGAAGGCUCUCCUAGGCUCCUUUAAGGGUGUUGUGGACUUUGUGGGAGACAUCAAUGACUACUCAAGCCACUCCUCAGCCAGCGAUGUUCUCAAAGCAAUCUUUGCUAAGCCUCCCGUGAAAGCUUUUACUCCUAUCGCAGAGAACUUUUUGUUUCUCGUCCGCUCCAUACAGAGGGUGGUAACAAGCUGGGGGGAUUUGGUGCAGAACUUUAAAUCCCAGGGUAAACAAAUCAAAGCCCGGCUGAUGGACGCUCAACUCAAGCUGCGGUUCCUGUUCCUCUCCGAGGCUCUGGAGCCCCUCCGAGAUCUGGCUGCGCAAGGCGGUGGCGCAGACAUGGCCACGGAGCUGCAGCUGACGUCCGUGCUACUUCGCUGCUAUGCCGUUGCCCUCCUCCGUCCGUCCGCCGCCACACGCUUUAUCCAAAGGCCCGACGUGUCCCUCCUGUGCGAUGAAGCGGAGCUGCUCCCCACGGCCGAGGUGACAUUCGGCAACCGUGUUCACGACUACCUGCAGGCUGUGACCCUAGGAGAGGAGGAGCGUCUCAACUUCCUGAAGGAUGUGGCGGCCUUCUACACGGCAGCUCUGGAGAGUUUCACACGAAGUAUUCCUGAGCGCUUUGGAGAUGUGGUGCUGAGGAACAUCAAUUCAGUACACAAAUUCCCUGAAGACGUCAAGUUGUCAGGUCACGUGAUGUCAGAUAUGGGGGCAGAGCUGGGUCUGUGUGAGGCGGCUUCUGCUGAAGCGCGGCAGUUGGAAGACGACUACCCGACUUUGGUCAAGUUGCUGGAGGAGCAUCGCGGCAGAGGAGCUGCUCUCUGCUGGGCCAAUACGUUGGCCGCCACGAGUCCAGGUUCUGUGCUACGCCGCCUCCUGCUGAUGCUAUUGGCUCUGCCAAGCUCUCUGAACAUGAAGCAGCUUUUGGUUCAGGUUUUCACCAGUGCUAGGGUUCUGACCAGCUGCCAGAGCGAAGAGGAAGUAUCCAAAACAACUUCACUUCCACCAAGCGCGAGUCCACAAACUCUCCACAGACCGGGGAACCUGACAGGAUUUCGAGACAAAGAAAAGAAUGAGACACAUGGAAAGAGUCUGUGGGACUUAAGUGAUACUGACGCCUCAGACACAGACAAUUCAUCUGACGUGAUUGACAUCACACCUAAUGUGGAAAAAUCACCCCCAAGCAAGACAAGACACGGGUCCUCUGUAGGUGUUACUAUUGCUCCGUCCCCGGUGAUACACGUGAUGAGCAGUGAGGACGAUGAUGUUGAAGUCGUCAGCAAGGCAACAAGCUCGGCUAGACAAUUCAGCGCUGGUGAGCUGGUUUGGGGACAGUUAGAGAGUUACGCUCUAUGGCCAGCUGUGGUCUUAUCCUACCAGCAGGACUCUCCAGAUAGGAAGAUGGUGUCGUGGUACGGACGUAGUAUAUUUUGCCAGGUGAGCAAGGACACGCUGAAACCGUUUGGCCACUUCACAGAGAACUUUUGUCCCCGGUCCUUCAGAAUCCUGGACUCGUACAAGAAGGCUAUUGAGUUGUCUCUGCAGGAGGCGGCUCUGCGCUGUAAGAAGACGUUUUCUUCAUCUCCACAUGACGGUUUUGAGCUGAUGAAGCUGAUGUUGGACUGGGCCUUCGGAGGCUUUCAACCCACCGGACCCAAUGGAUUCAAACCUGUGCCCUUGGGGAACGGUGUGACAGAACCGCACAUCAAACAGCAGGAAAAAAGGAAGAGCGCCGCCUCAAGCGUCACAGACGCUGACGUGAAGGAAGCCUGCAUCUCCUUCAGCAAACUGUCGCCGCACGACUCCAGCGACCAGUCCACCCCCAAAAGCACAGGAAAGCGCAAAAAGAUGAAACGGAUAGUGAAAGUGAAUUCCAGCUCCAGAAAACAGGCUGACCAGUGGGAACAAGAGGAGGAUGAGUGGGGGAAAGGGAAGGGGGGCAGGAGGAGGUCUAAGGCAGAGAACGUUUCUUGGGGCUUAUUGUUUGACAGCGACCCCUCGCCAGACCAUGUGCCCAAGAGGAGAUCCAUCGCCAAAUACAAUAAGGUCACCCAGUCCACCAGCUCCACUUACACUCAGCCAGACCAGAAGCUCAGAGAGGAGACCAUUGAGAGUAUCGUGGACAUGGACCUGGACAUCGAAGGCUUCUGUUUGUGUUGCGGGUCGGAGAAUGUGGAGAUCUUCCAUCCCUUGUUCAAAGGAGGUCUCUGCUUGGAGUGCAAAGACAAUUUCACAGAGACCUUGUAUCGUUACGAUGACGACGGCUACCAGUCCUACUGCACCAUCUGCUGCUACGGCAUGGAGGUCAUCCUGUGCGGCAACGAUGGCUGCUGCAGGUCCUACUGUAAAGACUGUCUUGACACCCUGAUAGGUCGCAGCACGUUUGACUUGCUCAAGGAUGUCGACCCGUGGAUCUGCUACCUGUGCCAGGACCACCGAGCCCACAGGGCCCUCAUUCCCAGAGAGGACUGGAGCAUUAAGGUCCAGCAGUUUUUCGCCAACAACAGCGCCAUGGAGUUUGAGCCCCACCGUGUUUACCCAUCUAUCCCUGCUAACCUACGCAGACCCCUGAGAGUUCUUUCGCUUUUUGACGGCAUCGGCACAGGCUACUUGGUGUUGAAGGACCUCGGCUUUAAAAUAGAGACCUAUGUCGCCUCUGAGAUUUGUGAGGAUUCCAUCGCGGUUGCGACCGUCAACCACGACAAGAAGAUCAACCACGUUGGCGACACCCGCGACAUCACCAAGCAGCUCAUCGAGAAGUGGGGUCCGUUUGACCUGCUGAUCGGUGGAAGCCCCUGUAACGACCUCUCCAUCGUUAACCCAAACAGGAAAGGAAUCUACGAGGGUUCCGGGAGGCUCUUCUUCGACUACUAUCGCAUCCUGCAGCUGCUGAAGCCCAAAGAAGAAGACAACAGGCCGUUCUUCUGGCUCUUUGAGAACGUGGUCUUCAUGAACGUGCAUGACAAAGUCAACAUCUGCCGCUUCCUCGAGUGCAACCCGGUCCUGGUGGACGCUGUCAAAGUGAGCCCAGCCCACCGAGCUCGUUACUUCUGGGGGAACAUCCCAGGCAUGAGCAGGCCCACCGCCGCCUCCCAAAGCGACAAGUUGAAUCUCCAGGACUGUUUGGAGGUCGGCAGGGAAGCCAGGGUCACCAAAGUGAGAACCAUCACCUCAAACUUGAACUCUCUGAAGCAGGGCAAAAGUUGCUCUCUACUUCCUGUCCUCUGCAACGGCAAAGAGGACAACCUCUGGAUCACCGAGCUUGAAAAGAUCUUCGGCUUCCCUAAACACUACACGGACGUGAGGAACAUGAGCCGCCAAAAGAGGCAGAAGGUUCUGGGCAAGUCCUGGAGCGUCCCCGUCAUCCGACACCUUUUCGCUCCACUCAAAGACUAUUUUGCCUGUGAGGAGCUCACGCCUUUGACCAGCGUGCCCAGCACAUGUGUCUCCCUGCCCUCCUUCUCCCCCCUCAGGUAGAAGAAGGUUGGUGCAGCUACCUUGUUUUUUUUGUUUGGUUUUUUUGUACAGUUCAUCAAAUACAUGAAGGUUUGUGUCACCAUCAUGUGACAGAUUAUGACUUGCCACGUGAGGACACUGUUUUUUUCAAAUGCGGUUUUGUCUGUACAGUAUAUUUUUGUGGAUAUGAGUAUUUUCUCCCAGCUUAAAGGUCACAUUUCAGUGAUGGAUGAGGGAAAAAGUCAAAAACAUAAAGAUAAACAUAAAAUGUAUUUGUUGUAGUACUAUCCGUUUUUUCCUCACAUACAUGUACAUUUAUAUGUUGUCAUAUUUCAACACUCAGGGAAGAACAAAUUAUGUUUUCGACUUUUUUUGUCCAACUUUUGCACGACAUUGACUUCCUGCUGCCCCCCUGAGGAGCAAAGCGGCAUUACAUUUGGGACAAGCGUACUAUAGUGUUGAGUGCACAAUAACCAAUGCUACUGUGCAUCUUUUUUUGGUCUUGCUUCUGAUAGGCGAAUGUCUAGAGUCGUCCUUUGUUGUUUUUUUUCCCCUUAAAGGAACUACGUAUUUCAACUUUUUACUGAUUUAAAAGGAUUUUAUUAUUGAAGGAAAAUCACACC